AUGGAUCAUGGCCAAUAUCAGCACACUCCUCAUUCUGUCGGACAGUUCAGUAAUCCCCACGUUCUACCAAGUGAGCCUCGGGUUGUCAUACCUUGCGCUACCGGUCCUCUGAUGCAAAAGCUCGUUUUAGAUCCCUACCAUGCGGCCUCUCAUGAACAGAAUGCUCCUGAUCUGUCCUACGAUGAGCCCCAGACGGCAUACGAUCAUAGUAACUCUUAUAACGUUGACUUCGCGCCCCGUGCAAACCCCUGUGAUCAGCAGGCUGAUCAAUCAUCAUCAUCUUACAUUCACUCGGACACCCCGAGCACAGCACAGCCUCAGACCUCUCACUUGACCUAUGCUGACUCGGGGCCCGAUGCCACCCCUUACAACCAGUACACCAAUCAAUUGUCUCACAUCAACACGCAGGGUAUAAUGCAUCAUCAGGGCGCGCAUUACUCGGGUUACAUGGACUCGGGGCUGCACACGAACCGCCACGAUCAGUACAUCAAUCAGCCACCUAUUGAACAUUCCCAAAGCACGCAUCACUCAACCUACCCCGACUCGGGGCCCUACACGAAUACCCACAUUCAGGUCGCCGAUCAGUCAAACAUUUCCAACGUUUUUCCCCAUCCUGAACAGCUCAUGCCGGUCCCGCACGCAAUUUCCCACCCACCUUACCAUGGAUUUGACCAUAAUUACAGUGAUGGUAGCACCUACUAUUACGCUCCUGAUCCUGAAAUAUCUUGCGAACAACCUGUUCCGCCACCUCAUGCGCGCGAUUGGGCACAUGGUUUAUUUGAUGUGUGUGAGACCGGUGACCAGGUCGAGGGGGGACAUUCAGUGAGUCCACAACCUGCCAGAAAUCAACACAAUUUCAACCGCUUGCGCUACCACCGAACUUUAAAUCGACACACUCCAUAUACCACGUCUAACAGACACGACAGCUAUCUCAUCCCUCACAAUAUAGAGCACAGGGAGGGCCCAUCUAACAGUGCGCCACAGAGUGUACUACCUCUUGUGCCCGAUGCCCAGCCUGUGACCCCGGUUGUGCCACCCCCCGCACCGACAGUACUGUCUCCUGUACCAGAUACCCUGCAGUCAGUGUCAAGUACAUUCAUCCCAGUUAUCUUCCGUGUUUCAAAGCUGCCGAAGGUCACAUCUGGGGCACUAUUUCGAAUGAAGUGCACUAUCUUUAUCAACUGCUUCUUCGCGGAUGCGGACACCGUCCAGAAGAUGGCACAAAGCUCCAUGAAUGCCGAGAUAUCAAAUGACGGUAAGCUCUUGAAAUUCUCGGCUUGGGAAUUGUCACCGAUGACGUGGAGUGUAGUCGAGCUUGUCGCAUGGUCCAAGACGAAGGAUGGUCGAUUAGAGGUGGACAAACUCUGCAAAGUGUUAGGGACAAUCAAAAAGAAUAUACAGUUCCUAAGCCGAAGUGCGGUCCUUUGGGGAUAUGAUCUUCACAACGCAUUGAUGAUGAAACACGCGAAGGAAGUAAAAAAGAUCAUCAACUGUCUUGUCAAAGAUAAGCGCUUUAUAUUUGGUGUCGAAGGCACGCAAGUGACCGUCACCUUCGCAAAUACGACAAUCCGAUACUUUGUUCGACAGCUCCUCUUUCAUGACAGGAAGUAUAUAAAUUAUAUUGGCGAAGACCGGAACAUCAAGCAUCUGUUUAUCUAUGUUGGCGUCCUGUUCAAAUGGGUAUUCAGCGAGCUAUCAGGCGGCGUAUUCAAAGAUCGAAAUUUCACAAUGGAUGAUAAGAUGAAAGAAUUUAAAACAGAGCUCACAGCAUUAUUCAAUGCGAUACCAGCGAAGGAUCGUGGCGCUCUAUUGAAGAGCAUCUUUACUCAAGGGGGGGAAGCAAUCUAG